GAUACCAUGUGCUACUAGGCACGUACAGAGUGGCAGAUCUGUGGGCUCUGUCACCUUCUGACAUGCUGGCAACGUCUUUGCAGGGCAACUUCCUUCACCUGGCAAAGGCAGAUGGGAAUGUCACAAUCGAAGGAGCAUCUGUCAUUGACAGCGACAAUGCAGCCACAAAUGGCGUGAUACACAUCAUCAACAAGGUUCUGGUGCCUCGAAGAAGUCUAACUGGCUCCCUACCAAACCUGCUCACGCGGCUGGACCAGAUGCCCAACUAUUCCAUCUUCCGGGGCUACAUCAUUCAAUAUAAUCUGGCGAGUGCGAUCGAGGCAGCAGAUGCUUAUACAGUGUUUGCUCCAAACAACGACGCCAUUGAGAAUUACAUCCGGGAGAAGAAGAUUGCAACUCUGGAGGAGGACGUGCUCAGGUAUCACGUGGUCUUGGAGGAGAAACUCCUGAAGAACAACCUGCACAACGGCAUGCACCGGGAGACCAUGCUGGGCUUUUCCUUCUUCAUCGGCUUCUUCCUCCGUGACGACCAGCUCUACGUAAAUGAGGCUCCAAUAAACUACACCAAUGCAGCCACUGACAAGGGAGUGAUCCAUGGUUUGGGGAAAGUUUUGGAAAUUCAGAAGAAUAGAUGUGACAACAACGACACUACGAUUGUACAAGGAAAAUGUGGGAAGUGUUCCCAGCAGCCGAUCUGCCCACCUGGAACUAAACCACUAGGCGAAGAGACAAGGAGAUGUAUCUACACCUUUUAUUUCAUGGGCAAGCGAUCCGUGUUCAUUGGGUGCCAGCCAAGCUGUAUGAAAACGGUCAUUGUGAGUAUAAGGAUUGAAUCGCCCUUCCAAUUCCUGCAGCAGAUGGGGAAAUGUAAUCAUAUGUCAUAUUUUUCAGAUGCCUUCACAUGUAUUCCUUCCGCCUCUCCUCUUCCUCCUCAUCAUCCCCACUCCAGUUGUCAUCGUCAUUCAAGGUAGCGGUGGUUAACAGUAAAACUCAGGCCAGCCCUGUAAGUCAGGAAACAGGUAAAAGUUGCAAUAUUCAAUUGUGUGGUGAAGAAACAGAAGGACUGAGACGCUAGAAGGACCAUCUCAUUGUUGCAACAGGGUGAAAUGCCCUGUGAGUGUGCUUGCAUGCAAAGGGAUGGAGAAGACAGCCAGCUCCCUAAUAAGGGAAAGAGAAGGUGCACCUGCUUGUUUAGAAAACGAACCCCAGAGCUAAGUACAUCUGUGCUGUUGCUUUGGGAUCUGCAGGAAAAGUCUUUAUAACUUCCUGCCCUGCUUCUCUCCCAGAAGACUAGGCAUAGCCCCUGCCUAUCCUACAGAAAGCAAGGUGGUCUGGCCCUCAAGCUACAGAGCUUUUGUGGGCUUUUUUGGUUUUUGUUUUCCAGGAUCCAGAAAUGUUUUCUUGGAACACAGCCAUGCUCAUGCAUUUACUUUCUUACUGAAGUAGAAUGAACAUACAAUGUUAUAUUCCUUUCACCAGUACAACAGGUGAAUCAACAAUUCUACAGGUGGAAUCUAAAAACAAAACAAAGGAACCAAGAAACAAACCAAAAACAUAGACU